CCGAAAACAAUUUUAAGAUGGCGGCGGCAGCGGCGCGGAAAACAAUGGGGCAGGGGUAUAGCGGACAGGCCAAAGCCUGAGGCGGGCGGUGUUCGCUGGCCUGGAAUCGGGCCGAGCGGGGCCGGAGGAAGACCCGCCGCCGCGCUCGAGUCCGCUCCACAGCCCGCCGGGACAUGGCGCGGCCGUGAGGCGGAUCCGGGCCGCCAGAAGCGGAGGAACCCGAAGUGCCAGCCGGCGCCGGGAGGCCCGGGCCGGGCCAGCUCUGCCCGCGGCCCAUGGUGCUACCCACCUGCCCCAUGGCGGAGUUCGCGCUGCCGCGGCACAGCGCGGUCAUGGAGCGCCUCCGCCGGCGCAUCGAGCUGUGCCGGCGCCACCACAGUACCUGUGAGGCCCGCUACGAGGCUGUGUCUCCCGAGCGCCUGGAGCUCGAACGCCAGCACACCUUUGCCCUGCACCAGCGCUGCAUCCAGGCCAAGGCCAAGCGCGCCGGCAAGCACCGGCAGCCGCCCGCCGCCGCCCCGGCAGCCGCUCCGGCCCCCGCCCCGGCCUCAGCGACCGCGCGCCUGGACUCAGCGGACGGCCCGGAGCACGGCCGCCCGGUCGCGCAUCUUCACGAUACAGUAAAGAGGAGUCUUGACAGGGCUGCCUCCCCUCAGAAUGGCGAUCAACCAAAUGGCUAUGGAGACCUGUUUCCUGGGCAUAAGAAAACCCGCCGGGAGGCCCCUCUGGGGGUCAGUGUAUCUGCCAAUGGGCUUCCUCCUGCCUCACCCCUGGGUCAGCCUGACAAGCCUGCUGGGGGAGAUGCCCUGCAGACUGGUGGGAAGCACUCCCUGGGGCUAGAUUCCAUCAACAAGAAGUGUCUGGCAGACACCAGCAUCCACCUGAAUGGAGGCAGCAACUCCAGUGAGCCAUUUCCUCUAAGCCUGAAUAAAGAACUCAAGCAAGAGCCAGUGGACGACCUGCCAUGCAUGAUCACAGGAGCUGGAGGCUCCGUAGCUCAGAGCAACCUCAUGCCUGACCUCAACCUUAACGAGCAGGAGUGGAAGGAGCUCAUCGAAGAGCUCAACAGGUCAGUGCCUGACGAAGACAUGAAGGACCUGUUUACUGAGGACUUUGAGGAGAAGAAGGAUCCAGAGCCCCCUGGUUCUGCCACACAAACCCCCUUGGCCCAGGACAUUAAUAUUAAGACUGAGUUCUCUCCAGCAGCUUUUGAGCAGGAGCAGUUAGGUUCUCCACAAGUAAGGGCGGGGUCUGCAGGCCAGACCUUCCUAGGACCCUCAUCUGCCUCUGUGGGCACAGAUUCUCCAAGCCUUGGGAACUCUCAGACUCUGUUUCACACCACUGGUCAACCUGGGGUGGAUAAUUCCAGUUCAAACCUGAUGCCGGCAUCAGCCCAGACCCAGAAUGCACAAAGAGCCCUCACAAGUGUAGUAUUACCUAGCCAGGGCCCAGGAGGGGCCUCGGAGCUGUCCUCUGCUCACCAGCUCCAACAGAUAGCUGCCAAGCAGAAGCGUGAGCAGAUGCUGCAGAAUCCACAGCAAGCUGCCCCAGCACCUGGCCCAGGCCAGCUGUCCACAUGGCAGCAGACAGGGGCCUCCCAUAGUCCCUUAGAUGUUCCUUAUCCCAUGGAGAAACCUGCCAGCCCUCCUGGCUAUAAGCAAGACUUUACCAACUCAAAACUGCUCAUGAUGCCUAGUGUGAACAAGAGUUCUCCUCGGCCAGGAGGCCCCUACCUCCAGCCUAGCCACUCCAGCCUGCUGAGUCACCAGUCACCAAGUAACUUGAAUCAGAACCCUGUGAAUAACCAAGGGUCUGUGCUAGACUAUGGCAAUACAAAACCUCUUUCUCAUUACAAAGCAGACUGUGGCCAAGGUGGCCCUGGGUCUGGCCAGAACAAACCAGCUUUGAUGGCAUAUCUUCCCCAGCAACUGCCUCAUCUGAGUAAUGAACAGAACCCCUUGUUUCUGAUGAAACCAAAGCCAGGAAACAUGCCUUUCCGGUCAUUGGUUCCCCCUGGCCAGGAGCAGAACCCCCCCAGCGUCCCUGUACCAGCCCCAACUGCCAGUGUGGGAGCCCAGCCUAGUGUGUCUGUGGCCAGCACUCACAGCAGCCCCCCAUACCUCAGCAGCCAGCAACAGGCAGCCGUGAUGAAGCAGCACCAGCUGCUCCUGGACCAGCAGAAGCAGCAGCAGCAGCUGCAGCAGCAGCAGCAGUUCCUGCAGAGGCAGCACCUCCUGGCUGAGCAGGAAAAGCAACAGUUUCAGCGUCAUCUGACCCGCCCGCCCCCCCAGUACCAAGACCCAACACAAAGCACCUUCCCACAGCAGGUUGGACAGUUCACAGGACCUUCUGCUGCUGUGCCUGGAAUGAACAACUUGGGUCCAUCCAAUCCCAGCUGUCCUCGAGUGUUCCCUCAGCCUGGGACUCUGAUGUCAAUGGGUCCUGGACAUGCCCCUGUUUCCUCUCUCCCCUCCAGCUCAGGCCAGCAGGACCGUGGAGUGGCCCAGUUUACCGGGUCCCAGAGUUUGCCUCAGAACAGCCUUUAUGGCAUGACAUCUGGCCUAGCCCAGAUAGUUACCCAGCCCCCACCACAGGCUACCAGCACACAUGCCCACAUUCCACGGCAGACCAACGUAGGCCAAAAUGCCUCCACCUCAGCUGCAUAUGGACAGAACUCUCUGGGGAGUGCCAGUCUCUCCCAGCAGCACAAUAAGGCAACCUUGACUCCUGGUUUAACAAAGCCACAAGUCCCAAGGGUGUCAGCAGCCAUGGGAAGCCAGAAUGCCUCAUGGCAGCAUCAGGGAAUGCCAAACCUGAGCAGCCAGACACCUGGGAACAGCAGUGUGAGCCCCUUCACUGCAGCUUCCAGUUUCCACAUACAGCAAGCCCACCUAAAAAUACCUGGCCAGCAGUUCUCCCAAGCCAUGCCCAGCAGGCCCAUGGCUCCUAUGAGUUCAGCAGGUGCAGCAGGGCCCAUGCUGCCCCCAGUGAGCACACAGCAGAGGAACAGUGCCCCUGCACCUGCACCUCCCCAAGCAGCUCCACAGCAGGGCUUGCCUGGCUUAAGUCCUUCAGGGCCUGAGCUGGGGGCCUUCAGCCAGAGCCCCACUUCACAGAUGAACAGCCGGCCAGGGCUACACUGUGCUCAGGCUUACCCUGUGAGGACCAUGGGCCAAGACCUGCCUUUUGCCUACAGUGGGCAGCCAGGCAGCAGUGGUCUGUCCAGUGUGGCUGGACAUACUGACCUGAUUGACUCACUGCUGAAGAAUAGGACUUCUGAGGAGUGGAUCAAUGAAUUGAAUGAUCUUUUAGGGUCACAGUAACGGAGACAUCUGUGGCGUUUUCGGUGUUUAGUCAUCUUAUAUAUUUGUUCUCAGAUUCAAGAAAGAACAACUACUUUGGACCAAAAGCCCGUGGCUCAGAGAACUGGGCCAGUAGAACCUAAGCCACAGCCGAGGCCAGCUCUGGUCCACUGGGCUGGCCCACCACAUUGGCAUCACUAAACUAGGGUUGGGAUAGCAGGGUAGAGGUUUGAAAGGUAGCUUCCUACCCAGAUGACCAAAAAGCCAGUGGAAACAAGCCCCACCAGAAUAUGUGCCGUGUUUUUACCCAAGAUUUCUCCACUUGCCUCAAGGCUGGGAACAAACUUUUGGAAUUUUAAAUAGGAUUAUUUGCAUUUUAUAGCAUAGAAGUAAUUUUUUUAAUUUAAGAUUUUUAAACAGAUUAGGACAAGUGGUGGUUGUAUUGUAAGUGGCACUGGAAACCCGGGGUUUCCUUAGGAGUCGGAGCCUUUUUAUCCUUCUCUGUCAGCUUUCAUGGUCACUGGAAAUCACUGCCAGAGUACAGGCUGUGACUGCAGAUGCCAACAUGAUCAGGAUGCCACAGAUGGCACAUCUAGUGGUGUAGAUAGGAUCCCUCCUCAGAGUUCCUCCUACUUCUUGGCUGCCACUCACUCUUGAGGACACUGGGCCCCCAUGGAGUCCCCUCCAUGCCCUGGCAUGGCUGAAUGCUGAAGGUGGAGACUCGGCAUGUCUCUGACAACCUGUAUGUCCAUGGUAGAAGUGCCAUUCAGUUGUACACACACCUUUCCUUCUCCAUAUCAUCCCCAUGACCCUUCUUUCUAACUCCUGGCCUCUUCCAGCCAAAACGGGAAACAGUGGCUAACUUCACUGCAUUACAAGAGGAAGAGUCAAACUCCUUAGGGAGUCUGAGCCUGCCACAGGUUUGGGGAAAGAAGGCUGCAGGCAGCCUGCUGUCUAGGCAUCACUUUAUUCUUUCCCCUCUAGACUUCUGCUCCUCCCACAGCUGAUGACUUGCACUUUUAAAGUGGUUUUAUAACACUAACCCAUCCUUGCUAAAGAUUGAAGUAGAUUCUCCUAGAAGGUCUAUUGAUGGACAUGUCUGAGCAAAGAAACUAUGAAAUAGAAUAUGGUAUGUGGGCUGCUAGCAGCAAGCGUGAGCACUUGUCUUCAUCACAAGCAAGAUGAUGAGCACAAAGUGAGACCUUUAACAGGAUGUGAAGGGAUAGAUGUUUGCUGGAGUGACUUCCAUGCAGAGUGGUCUGUAGAGAAACCACAGCUCUGUCCAUUGUUCUGGAGUUUUAGAACACUUCAUCUAGUAUAAAGAACUGAGCCAAGGAAAUAACAAGAGCAGCCGUCACACUUGGAGGAGUCAGAAAGUGUGCACACACUGCUAACUAGUUUGCACCAGCAGUGCCUUUUUCCCUGAGGGCACCUGUGCUCUCAGGUCCUUGUCCCUCAUAGCCAUUUCUCCUGCCAUGUCCUCCCCAGAAACUCAGCUCAGCUCUCGGAGAAGCAGGUGAAUCAUAGUCAGUGAAGAUGCCACCCUCUGAUAGUCCCCAACUGUAGGGGGAAGAGAGUGACUUCCACGGGUUCUCUACCAAAAACAGGGCUACGGGCUGGAGAUGGAUCCUGGUUCCUCUUCCAGCCCCUGCUACAGCUGCCCACCUCCUGCCUCCAUUGCCCAGGCCCCAGCAGCUGGCCCCAGCACUCUACCUUAGGCCCAGGCUGGCCAAACAGGCAGUGAGUAGCUCACUUGCUGCAGUGUCAUAGCAAUAAAAUGUGAUUCUUGGGGUCCCCUCCCCCAGAGCUGCCCAUGGCUUUAUUUAUGAGUCUGGCUUUGAGGUGUUGGGAAGAGGUAACCCACUUCCUCUCUGCCAUCUUCUUAGAGCCAUGACUCAAAAAGAAAAGGGUGCUCGGACUCUCUUAUACACGUGCUUUGUGUAAAUAAAUGUUUACAAUUUUAUAUUGAAGAUGGAAUAAGUGUUAGAGCGUCCAACUGUAUAUUUUUUACUUUUAUAGAUUUUAAAACUGAUCCUUUAUAUGUGUUUGGAGCUAUGAUAAGUUUUAUGGCAAGCAGUUGGUAUUGUUAACUUUUUAUGAUCAUCAAAAGUGCAUAAAAGUCCUAUUAAUCCCCUAUUCUGCUUCCCUUAGCUCUGGUAUACACCAAAAAGAAAUCUUUACUUUCCUUGUGUUAUAAAAAUAAUAAAAAUAUUUUACUAGUAUGGAAA